AUGCUUUCCAAAAUUAAACACAGACGGACGACUGCUAAGAAAGCUGAAGACGAUGAAGACGAUACGAAGGAAUUUUUGCUCAAUCGUAAAGUGGCUAUAAAAGAAAACGUUAAUGUCGACAAGGAAUAUAAAAUAUUUGAAUUUCUUGGCAGCGGCAAAUUUGGAGAUGUAAAUAAAUGCCAAGAGAAGUCAACAGGUUAUGAGUUGGCGGCAAAAGUUGUUCCCUAUUACUCGAGUGACGAGAAGGAGGCUGUGAUGAAUGAAGUGGAAAUAAUGUGUCGUCUCCGACAUCCGCGACUCAUUCAACUCUACGAUGUCUUCGUUCAACCCGAUCGAAUCACUCUCAUCAUGGAAUUAAUAACUGGUGGGGAGUUGUUCGAGCGCGUCAUCGACGAAAGCUUCGAAUUGGAUGAGGCAACUUGCGAGAAAUUUAUGCGUCAAAUACUUCAAGGCGUUGAGUAUAUCCAUUCCCAACACAUUGUACAUUUGGAUUUAAAGCCCGAAAAUAUUCUCUGUUUAUCAAAAACCGGUUUCAAGAUUAAGAUUAUCGAUUUUGGCUUGGCACGAGAAGUGACCGGAGGAGAACUUCGCGUAAUGUUUGGCACUCCAGAAUUUGUUGCCCCAGAGGUCAUCUCCUUUGAGCCCGUAACCUAUGCAACAGAUAUGUGGUCAAUUGGUGUUGUCUGCUAUGUUUUACUAUCUGGUUUAUCACCCUUCAUGGGCGAUAAUGAAGGCGAAACCUUGAGCAACAUUAUGCGUUGCAACUAUACCUUCAACUAUCCAGAGUUCAAAGAUAUUUCUUCGGAUGCGAAAGAUUUCAUAAAAGCUCUGUUAACAAAAAAUUCACAAAAGAGAAAUACUGCAACCCAAUGUCUUUCUCAUCCCUGGUUAAAGGAGGCGCCGAAAUUGAAGCGAACUGCAACAGUCAGCAAAAAGCGACUUCGGCAUUUCGUCUACCGACGGAAGUGGCAGAAAGCUGUUAAUGCAAUAAUUGCUCUCCAGCGGAUGGGUGUAGUUUUAUGUCAUACUCAAAACAAAGACCGUGAAUAUCGUAAAAUUCUCCAAGCUAAGAGUGCAAAGACGGCAGCUCUAUUCAAGAAGUCUUCCAUCCGAGGCAAACCUACAACACUUCCUGACCCUCAAGAUAUGAAACGAAACUUCUCAUUUAGCACGGCAAGUGAAGCUGAUAAACAAACUAAUGUGGGAAACAGGUCCAUCAGUCGAGCGGAUAUAGAAACGAUUUCCAAUAUGACGAGACCUCCACAGAUUAAGGUUACAAAACCCACUCAAAAAGAGAUCAAAAUACCGGCUUUGAAUAAUUCCAACGUCUCCAAACCCCAAUCCCCUAGCACAACUAAGCGAGAGUCGAAAAAUAUUGAGAAAAAUGUAGCCAAAAGUACAGAGAAGGCGGUUGUUAAGGAGGAGAAAAUAUUAUCAGCCAAAUCAGAUAAAUCAUCUCCCAUAAAAACUAACAAUACACCUAAGGAAAUCUCCACAACUGGUGUUAAACAAAAUAACAUCACUAAACAGCCAUCGCCAACGACAGGUGAACAACCCAGGGAAGCCAAAUCACCACCAGCUUCCAAACAGAAUUCUAUUCCAAUGAGAUCGCCAACAAUUGGUAACCCUUCGGAGGCUAAAGAUCAGAAAAAAUCCACAAAUCCCAACUCUCCUGGACUAUCGACAUCACCCAGUAACUCAACAACUAACAGUUCUGUAAACAUGAGUGGAAAAUCAAUACAACUGAAAUCAAGUGAUAAGCCGAUACUACUGAAGAUGGUGACUUUGAAUAAGCAGAGAGGUAGCGUCGCGGAUAGAAUAAAUUUCUUCAAUAGCUCCACAGAAUCUCAAAUUAAGAGCGCCAAGCAUAAGAAAUCCCCCCCAUACCAUUAA